AUGUCCGGCGAGGAGCACAGUCUGUCUGAGGCAGAGCUCAGUCCUGGGGGGUCUGAAGAUGCCCACUCGUUGUCGCCAGCGCAUUGUGGAGUGGUGGGCGCGCAGGACUCGCCUCUCGGCGGACAGCAACAACUCACCACCCUCUGUGUGGCGGAGGACUCGGAGGACGGUGUCCAGUCCAGGGCCAAAUCGGACGAAGAGGAUGAUCGCUUUCCCAUUGGCAUCAGGGAGGCGGUGAGCCAGGUGCUGGACGGCUAUGACUGGACACUUGUGCCAAUGCCCGUGCGCGUCAACAGUGGAAGCAAAGCGAAACCUCACGUGAAAAGGCCUAUGAACGCGUUCAUGGUGUGGGCUCAGGCUGCGCGCAGAAAACUGGCUGAUCAGUAUCCGCAUCUGCACAACGCUGAGCUGAGCAAGACGCUGGGGAAACUGUGGAGGUUGCUAAACGAAAACGACAAGAGGCCAUUCAUCGAGGAGGCGGAGAGACUGCGGAAACAGCACAAGAAGGACUACCCUGAGUACAAGUACCAGCCCCGAAGGCGCAAAAAUGGUAAACUGACGACCGUAAAUGAAACGGACAGCCCAGGGGAAGGAGAGGCCAGCCAUUCUCAAUCCCACUACAAAACCCUGAACCUUGAACAUAAUGGGGCCGGGUCUCCCCUCGGCGACCUCCACCACCACCACCAUCAUCAUCACCACCAUUCUGCAGGUCACAGCCCUCCCACCCCUCCCACCACCCCAAAGACAGAGCUACAGUCGGGAAAGUUGUCCGAUUCAAAGCGGGAGGGGGGUGUACCAGGAGGGUCCAGAGGUGCACUGGGAGUAGGAGCUGAGGGAACAUCUGGUUCUACCUCAUCUGGCUCAAAACCACACAUCGACUUCGGCACUAUGGACAUUGGAGAGAUCAGCCAUGAGGUUAUGUCUAACAUUGAACCUUUUGAUGUGAAUGAGUUUGACCAGUACCUGCCACCCAACGGCCAUCCCCAGAGUGCCGGUGGGGCGUCUGGAGGUGGGCCCUCCACUUCCUCAUAUGCCUACGCUCUGGCUGCUGCCAGCGGGCACUCCGCUUGGCUGUCAAAGCAGCAGUCUCAGACCUCCCCAUCACCUUCAGACCCUGCCAAGGCCCAAAUCAAGAGUGAGUCAGCCUCCGGCAGCCACUACGCAGAAGCUUCGUCAUCCCCUUCCUCUGGCGCCCAUGUCACCUACACCCCCCUGAGCCUGCCACACUAUGGCUCUGCUUUCCCCUCGCUGGCCUCCAGGGCUCAGUUUGAGUACGGGGAGCACCAGGGGCCCGGAGCCUACUACGCUCACUCCAGUCAGGCCCCAGGGCUGUACUCAGCCUUCUCAUAUAUGGGCCCCACACAGAGGCCCCUGUACACCACCAUAGGAGACCCCGCCAACCAGACAGAAGGGGGCGAAACAGCCUGCAAGACAAGACACCAUGUGACGUCAUCACCUGGGCGCCAAAUUUGCGACAACAACCAACCACCAAACAAGACAGGAGACAUCUGGAUAUAUUUGUUUUUAAACGUAAUGGACCUGGGCCUCUUUGACGCGGACAACUCCAUCAGCUGCAGACUGAGCUCAGAGAUCCCACGUGUCUGUCUGGAGGAAGACUGCUGUUUGGGCAUCGAUGAAGCCGGCAGGGGCCCCGUGCUGGGACCUAUGGUGUAUGGGAUAUGUUUCUGCCCAGUUUCCAAUAAAGAAGAUCUAAAGGCUUUGAAAGUAGCAGAUUCAAAGACUCUUUCUGAAGAUGAAAGAGAAAACCUCUUUGAAAAAUUGGAUGAAGCCAAGUCUUUUAUAGGCUGGGCUCUGCAGAUCCUCUCACCUAAUACUAUUUCAACCAGUAUGUUACAAAGAACAAAAUAUAAUCUGAAUGCCCUUUCACACGAUACUGCCAUUGGUUUGGUUCAGUAUGCCCUGGACUGUGGAGUGCAGCUAAAAGAGGUCUUUGUUGAUACAGUGGGACCUGCAGAAAAAUAUGAAGACAAGCUCUCUAAGCGUUUCCCUGGCAUCACUGUCACCGUGAGACCAAAGGCUGACUCUCUCUUUCCUGUUGUCAGUGCAGCCAGUAUCUGUGCAAAGGUGGCCAGAGAUCGAGUUGUAAAAGGUUGGAAAUUUGCUGAACAGCUUGGUGAGGUGGACACUGACUACGGAAGUGGAUAUCCAAAUGAUCCCAAAACAAAAGCCUGGCUGUUAAAGUACCUGGACCCAGUGUUUGGUUACCCCCAGUUUGUCCGCUUUAGUUGGAGCACGGCCCGAACUUUGAUGGACAGCAAAUCUGUGGCAGUUCACUGGGAUGAUGAUGAGGAGGAUGGAGAAAAAGGAGCUCAGAGACUGAAAAACAAGUCCAUGUUGUCCUACUUCAGUUCUUCAGGAGCAGUUCAGAGCCAGACCGCUGCUCACCGCUUCUUUUCUGAUCUGCUGGUUCAAAGUGGUUUGGAUCUGGAGUCCUCCGUCAGCCUCUUGCCACAGUUCAUGGCCAAAGUGGAAACUGCGAACGAUGAUAAAAUCACAAUAGAGCUGCCCACAAAAUGUGAGGAGGGUCCUCGGGGGGCUGCUCUCAGGGCUCUCCGGGUGAACGUCUCUCUGUCACAGGCUGAGGUGCGAGAGCAGACCCCCAGCAUGGAUGACUCUGGGAUCAUCCGAAGACGAAGGAUGCAGAAGGAUCUUCCUCUGCCUCGCAAAAGUAGCAGUUGCAGAACCAGUAACCGAAAAAGCCUCAUCUUGAGUACGUCCCCGACUCUGCCACGGCCGCACUCUCCACUGCCAGGACACAUCGGAAGCAGUCCCCUGGACAGCCCGCGAAACUUCUCACCCAGUGGGCCGGCUCACUUCUGCUUUGCCUCCUCCAGAAGAGCUGAUGGUCGUCGAUGGUCCCUGGCCUCGCUGCCCUCCUCAGGAUAUGGCACCAACACGCCCAGCUCCACGUCGUCGAGCUCGUCUCAGGAGCGUCUGCACCAGUUGCCCUUCCAGCCCACGAUGGACGAGCUGCACUUCCUGUCCAAGCACUUCGGAAGCACGGAGAGCAUCACCGACGACGACGGCCGGCGCUCCCCUCAUGUGCGGCCGCGGUCUCGAAGCCUCAGCCCGGGGCGCUCUCCUUCCUGCUAUGACAAUGAAAUAGUGAUGAUGAACCAUGUCUACAAAGAGCGCUUCCCUAAGGCCACCGCUCAGAUGGAGGAGCGACUGGCGGAGUUCAUCAACAGCUACUCUCCAGAGAACACCCUUCCUCUGGCCGAUGGCAUGCUGAGUUUCAUCCACCACCAGAUCGCAGAGAUGUCGCGGGACUGUCUGGCCAAGUCCCAGGACGGUCUCAUCACCAGUGUGUACUUCUGUGAGCUGCAGGAAAACCUGGAGAAGCUGCUGAAUGAUGCCCACGAGCGCUCCGAGAGUUCAGAGCUCACUUUUGUAACGGAGCUGGUGAAAAAGCUUUUUAUCAUCAUCUCCAGACCAGCGCGACUUCUGGAGUGCCUGGAGUUUAAUCCAGAGGAGUUCUACCAUCUGCUGGAGGCAGCGGAGGACCACGCCAAAGAGGGACAACUGAUGAAGGAAGACAUCCCCCGAUACAUAAUCAGCCAACUGGGCCUGACGAGAGAUCCACUGGAGGAAAUUGUAAAUCUUGACAGCUAUGAUAGUGAAGGACCACACACUCCCGAGACGGAUGAUUCCGAGGGGAAGCCACAACCCAUCAAGCCCCCAUCUGAAGAGGACUUUCAAACCAUCAAACUCAUCAGCAAUGGAGCAUAUGGUGCUGUGUACCUUGUCCGCCAUCGGGAAACACGGCAGCGUUUUGCAAUGAAGAAGAUCAACAAACAAAAUUUGAUCCUGAGGAACCAGAUCCAGCAGGCGUUUGUCGAGAGAGACAUUUUAACCUUUGCAGAAAAUCCCUUUGUUGUUUCCAUGUUCUGCUCAUUUGAAACACGCAGGCAUCUGUGCAUGGUCAUGGAGUAUGUUGAGGGUGGUGAUUGUGCUACUCUACUGAAAAACAUUGGGGCUCUGCCUGUGGAACUUGCACGGAUGUAUUUUGCUGAGACCGUGUUGGCGCUUGAAUACAUCCAUAACUACGGCAUUGUGCACCGCGAUCUCAAACCGGACAAUCUGUUAAUCACGUCUAUGGGUCACAUCAAGCUCACUGAUUUUGGAUUGUCAAAGAUGGGUCUAAUGAGUCUGACCACCAACCUGUACGAAGGGCACAUCGAGAAAGAUGCCAGAGAGUUUCUGGACAAACAGGUGUGUGGCACUCCAGAGUACAUUGCCCCGGAGGUGAUCCUUAGACAGGGUUAUGGGAAGCCUGUCGACUGGUGGGCCAUGGGCAUUAUCCUUUAUGAGUUCUUGGUGGGUUGCGUUCCCUUUUUCGGUGACACCCCGGAGGAGCUGUUUGGGCAGGUGAUCACAGAUGAUAUUGUUUGGCCCAAUGGAGAUGAUGCGCUGCCUGCAGAUGCUCAGUCUCUCAUCUCUGCCCUUUUACAAACUAAUCCACUCGUGCGACUAGGGACAGGUGGCGCCAUUGAAGUGAAGGAGGAUUCGUUCUUCACUGGUUUGGAUUGGAACAGUUUACUGAGACAGAAAGCUGAAUUUAUCCCUCAUCUUGAAUCAGAGGAGGACACCAGCUACUUCGACACACGCUCCGACCGCUAUCAUCAUAUCAACACAUAUGAUGAGGAUGACACCAACGACGAUGAGCCUGUGGAGAUCAGACAGUUCUCGUCCUGCAGUCCGCGAUUCAGCAAGGUUUACAGCAGUAUGGAGCAUCUCGCUCAGUUGGAGCAAAAAGCCAGCAGCUCUGUCUCCCGUCGAGAGCACAGGAGCCCACGCGAUGUGACGAAGAGAGAGAGUCUGGGCAGCUUCAGCAUGAGGGACAAAGGCUGGAGGACCGGAUCACCUGAGAUGAAGCGUUUGUCCUACUCAGAGUCGGUCUACAUGGAGGGCGAUGCCAGUCCUCCGCUUGCUGCUCGCCGACGCUUCUCAGCUCUGAUGGACACGCACCGCUUUGCCUGGGGGGUUGGGUUGAGUUUGUUGGGGGGGAGUAUUAGGGUGUGGGGUCAUAAAGAGGGGGGGGGGGAGGGGGGGGGGAGGAGGGGAGGGGGGGGGGGUGUGGGGGGAGGAGAAAAGUGUUUAUGGGGUGGGGUGGUUGGGUGUUUUGUGGUGGGUUGGGUUUUGGGGUUGUUGGGUUGUGGGGGUUGGUGUUGGUGUUGGGUUGUAUAUAUCUUCUCCCUCACAGCACAUGAGGCCGAGCUCUCUGCAUGGCCUGUCGCCGAAGCUGCACCGCAGUAUCGAUCUGCUCGCUGCAAAUCGGCUGGGAACAUUCCCCUGUCUCCUCUGGCUCACACUCCGUCACCUACUCAGUCCUCUCCUCGCCUCUGCCUGGCCACACUGUCGGCAGCUCCAACACUACGCAGUCCUUUUCCUGUCAAACUUCACUCCUCUCCACCUGUGGUCCGCCCAGGCCCAAGAGCGCAGAGCCCUCCUCGAUCCCCUCUCCUCAAACGGGUGCAGUCGGCGGAGAAACUGGGCUCACCACUUACCCCUUCCAGUUCGACAGGGGGUCUAGGAGGUCCAUUGAGAAAGCACAGUCUCGAGGUGCAACACUCUGAAUCCGUAAGGAUGCCUUUCUCUGUGGAGCUUGGUCUGCAGAAUUUACUUGAGACGGACGGAGAAAAUCUACCACCAAAUGCUCCUACUAUGCCUUCGUCUUCAUCUUCGUCAUCGCUGCCUGAGACUGGCGUGCUAAAGCCUGUGAGAGAAGACUGGCAGCGCAAGAAUCCCCUCUGA